GCACAUGUUAGCCUGGCUACAGCUAACCUCACUGUACUUUGGGCUGUUGCUUUGUGUUUCUGGACAGUUUAUUCAGUUCAGCCUGUGAGUCCUGCACGAUGAGUAAAAAUUAGCCAGAAAAGCGCCUCGCCUUGUUUUCUCUGCAGUCCAGGAAGUCCAAAGCCGCUACGUUUGCACAAACCCGAGGAGUGAGAGUGGAGGAGAGAAAUAAAGUGUCCGGUUUAACCUUUGAACCAUCUUCCUUUUGUAGAAGAUCACAAGACCAGGCUCGUAUAAUGUCACAGAUGCCUCGGCCAGAAAUUGAAAGUGAAGACUCCAGCACCAUGUCUUCUGUCCAUUUCAACCCUGGAUCAGAUGCAGGUGUAAAUGGGAAUGUUGCAAAAAUGGAAGAUGCCAAAGUGGAGAUAGAUGAUGGAAAAGAGGAAGAUAUGGACCCUGACACUAUGUACCAUAAUAUCCGGAAAAAAAUCUCCCCGGUGGUCAUGUCUUUUGGAUUUCGUAUAUUUGGAGUGGUGCUGAUCAUAGUGGACAUAGUGCUGGUGAUCGUGGACCUGUCGUUGCCAGCCAGAAGCAGGGAGCUGGGGAACGCUCUUGAAGCUGUGUCCCUGGUCAUUUCAUUCUUCUUCCUCUUUGAUGUUCUGCUUCGGGUCUAUGUAGAAAAGUUUACCGUGUAUUUUAGCUCAAAACUCAACAUAUUGGAUGCUGUUGUUGUAGUGGUCACUUUGCUGGUCACAAUGAUUUACACAUUCACUGACCUGUCAGGAGCCAGCCUCAUCCCCAGGGUGGUGACAUUUCUACGUUUCUUGAGAAUAUUAAUCCUUGUGAGGUUGUUCAGAUUAGCAGCUCAGAAAAAAGAGUUGGAGAAAGUCACGAGGAGAAUGGUUUCUGAAAAUAAGAGGCGUUAUCAGAAGGAUGGUUUUGACCUUGACCUUACCUAUGUCACAGACCGUGUCAUUGCAAUGUCUUUCCCCUCUUCUGGCAAACAAUCCUUCUACAGAAAUCCCAUUAAGGAGGUAGCAAGGUUUCUAGACACUAAACAUGAAGGACACUAUAAAGUUUACAACCUGUGCAGUGAAAAAGGCUAUGACCCACAGUUCUUUCAUUACAAAGUGGAGAGAAUCUUCAUUGACGACCACAACGUGCCCUCUUUGGAGGAUAUGCUGACAUAUACGGCCAGUGUGAGGGAGUGGAUGGCUGCUGAUCAAAAGAACAUUAUUGCGAUUCACUGUAAAGGAGGAAAAGGACGCACAGGUACUAUGGUGUGCACUUGGCUUAUAGAUAGUGACCAGUUUGAGUCAGCCCAGGACAGUUUGGAGUAUUUUGGAGAGAGGAGGACAGACAAAAGUCGAAGCUGUAAGUUUCAGGGAGUGGAGACACCAUCACAGAGCAGGUACGUGGGAUAUUAUGAAAUCAUGAAAACAAAGUUCAACAGACAGUUACCUCCUCCAAAGAGCCUCAGGAUCAAGAGCAUCCGCAUCCACUCUAUAGCAGGUGUUGGUAAAGGUAACGGCAGUGAUUUAAAAGUGAAGAUAAUUGUCAGAAAGGAGCUGGUGUUUCAUUGUGUGUGCGCCAAACAGGAGAACUGCACUGUAUUUCCAGAUGUGGGAAACAACGCAGCAGUGAUCAGUCUACAGAAUGGACCUGUAGUCGAUGGAGACGUUAAAGUCAUGUUUGAAUCUAGUGCUGGGCUUCCAAAUGGAUAUGAAGAUGUCCCAUUCUACUUUUGGUUUAAUACCUCAUUUAUCGUUGAGAACAAGCUGUUUCUGCCCAGAGAAGAGCUCGACAACCCACACAAAGCAAAAACUUGGAAUUUGUACAAAGAGGAUUUUGGUGUCACCAUGUAUUUCUCCGAACCAUAAUAAACUUUGCUAUUCUCAUAUUUGUUCUCGUGAAUCUUUCAUAAGAAUAGAGAC